CUCUCACUCCUCCCCACAUCCCAGGUCUCUCCCCCCCAGGGCCCAGGGCCCCUCAAUACCCCAUGAUGGCUCAGGACUGGGAGGAAGAGAGGAAACUCGUAGCCUGGUUCCCUGGGGUCCUUCCCAGAAGGCCAGGGUCGGCCAGACCGCAGGCCCCGGCCUCACCGGUCCCUCUGUCCCCAGCCCCAGGCCGCAGGGGCCCCGUCGCACUGGUCUCCGAAAUCUUCGAGCAGCACCUGGGAGGACACAUCUUGCAGUCCCUGGAUGGCUUUGUGUUUGCCUUGAGCCAGGAGGGGAAGUUCCUCUACAUCUCAGAGACCGUCUCCAUUUACCUGGGUCUCUCACAGGUGGAGCUGACGGGCAGUAGCGUCUUCGAUUACAUCCAUCCCGGGGACCACUCAGAGGUCCUGGAGCAGCUGGGACUGCGGACCCGGACCUCCGGGCCCCCCACCCCGCCCUCCAUCCCCUCCUCUUCCUCCUCUUCCUCAUCGCUUGCCGAUACUCCUGAGAUCGAGGCCAGCCCCACCGAGGUGCCCCCCUCCUCCCGGGCCCAGGAGCGCUCCUUCUUCGUCCGCAUGAAAUCCACCCUCACCAAGCGCGGUCUGCACGUCAAGGCCUCGGGGUACAAGGUGGGCGUGAGCUCCCUGCACAGCCUCUGACCCCGCGUCCGCGCGCUCCCUCAUCCGCUUUCUCCUGCACCCGCGAGUGAGUGGCAACCCGAGGGGACGGCAGAGCCAAUCUCCCCUCUUCUCUCCCACUCCCCCAGGGUCAGCGAACACAUGGACCUGGGGCCCGCAGAGCUGGUGGGCCGCAGCUGCUACCAGUUUGUCCACGGACAGGACGCAGCCAGGAUCCGCCAGAGCCACCUGGACCUGCUGGACAAGGGCCAGGUGGUGACCGGGUACUACCGCUGGCUGCAGCGCGCGGGGGGCUUUGUGUGGCUGCAGUCCGUGGCCACCGUGGCUGUGAGCGGGAAGAGCCCCGGGGAGCGCCACGUGCUCUGGGUCAGCUACGUGCUCAGCCAAGCGGAGGGCGGCCACACACCUCUGGACGCCUUCCAGCUUCCAGCCAGCACGGCCCGCGAGGACGUGUCCAGCCCAGAGCCGGAACCCGCAGAGCCAGCGCCUCCAGUGCAAGGGAAGCAGGCUGUCCCCCCAGACGAGGAGGAGGCCCCCCAGACCCAGGGCAAGUGCAUCAAAGUGGAGCCUGGCCGUGGGGACACGAAAGACCCGGAGGACAGCGGAGACGAGGAGCCAGCUGGCCACGCAGCCCCGCCACGGCGCGAGUUCACGUCCGUCAUCCGGGCAGGGGCCCAGAAGCAGGACCUCCCCGUCGUGCGGGGCCUGUGCACGCCUAGCACCAUCCGCUACGGCCCCACGGAGCUGGGCCUCAUGUACCCACAUCUGCAGAGGCUGGGCCCAGGCCCCCCCUUCCCAGAGGCCUUCUACCCACCCCUGGGCCUGCCCUACCCGGGGCCCACGGGCACCAGGGUGCAGCGGAAGGGGGACUGAUGACUAGGAGAGCCUCCGACAGAGCUGGACCCUGGGGGGUGGGUGCCGGCCCUCAGGGGGCGGGGGACAGGGCUCCAGCCCAUCAGCGCUCUUUAAGAAUUAAAGACCUGCUCCCCAUCUGUGGCUUGGUCUCUGGGGGCUGUGGCGCCCCUCUCUCCUUCCUCCCACCCCUUCCCUCCUCCCUCCACCCCGCUGCAGGCCCAGCCUUCCCGUCGCAGGAACCACCACUUGGAGGGAGGGAAGGGUCAGGUUUUAAUGUCCUGGUCCUUGGACCCUGGCCAGUCUCAAGCGGCCUCAGGCCUCAGGUCCUUGGUCCUUCCCCCGGGCCC